UUUGUUUUUGGUCGCAUAUUAAUAACCGGAGAGACGAGGCUUUCAGUUUAGUGAGAGAGUGAAAGAUAGAGAGAGGAAAGAGUGUGAAAAGACCAAAUUGACCUUGGAUCUUCGUCUUUCCUCUCUCGCUUAGCUUCUUCUGCUAACUUUCUCGCUCCGAUUCGUUUUCCUUGUUCUUCUAGAACCUUCCACCAUGAACGGUAAGGCUAACGUCACCAAAGAGCUCAACGCUAAGCACAAGAAGAUACUGGAAGGACUUCUUAAAUUACCAGACAAUAGAGAAUGUGCUGACUGCAAAGCUAAAGGUCCAAGAUGGGCUAGUGUAAAUCUUGGCAUCUUUAUAUGUAUGCAGUGUUCGGGAAUACAUCGAAGUUUGGGUGUGCAUAUAUCAAAGGUUCGUUCUGCAACCCUUGACACUUGGCUUCCGGAGCAAGUUGCAUUCAUUCAAUCAAUGGGAAACGAGAAAGCAAAUAACUACUGGGAAGCAGAAUUACCACCAAAUUAUGAUAGAGUUGGAAUUGAGAAUUUCAUUCGUGCAAAGUAUGACGAGAAGAGAUGGAUUCCAAGGGAUGGGAAUCCAAAAACACCUUCUGGAUUGCGGGAAGAAAGAAGUCCUUCACAUUGGCAGAGGCCUGUGGAGAGAAGUGGUCAUACUGUUGUUUCUGAAAAAAAAUUUGAGGAAAAGAAGAAAUUCCAACAGUCAAAUGCAAUUCCUGCUACACGAAACAGUGUUCCUGCUCCUGCUCCUCCCAAAGCACCGGAGCAAGUAACUCCUAUUACCAAACCUCAGCCUGUUGAGAAAGUGGAACCAUUAGCACCACAGCCACAAGCUGAAUCUUCAAAGCAAGCUAUGGAUGCAGUUCAAAAUACCCCUCCAAAAGUUGACUAUGCUACAGACCUUUUCAACAUGUUGUCUAUGGAUGUCCCCAAAGAAAAUGGCUCUGAGUCGGCCAGUACAACUACUGAUGAUAAUCUCUGGGCAGGUUUUCAGUCUGCUGCAGAGGUGUCAACAGCUGAGAAGACUAGUCCGCCAAAAGCAGCUGAUAAUAGUACUCUGCCGUCUGCAACUGGUAUUGAGGAUCUUUUCAAAGAUUCACCUUCUAUGAUGCCAAGCUUAACUCCAGAAAAGCCACAGAAAGAUGUUAAAAAUGAUAUAAUGAGCCUCUUUGAGAAGGGCAAUAUGGUGUCUCCAUUUUCUAUGCAUCAGCAACAGAUUGCCAUGCUUGCACAGCAACAGUCUCUUCUGAUGGCUGCUGCAGCUAAGUCUUCUGGUGGGGAUCUCAAGUAUCCUGCUGGCAUACAAGAACCUAGACCAAAUGUUCCUGUGCAAAGUUGGCCAGCUACUGGCUACUCGAUUUCUGGAGUAUUGCCCAUGCAGGUAAUGACUGAAGUAAGCCAAAUGUUAAUAAUCAGUUAUUGGUUUUGCCCAGCAACUAACUUGUUUCUUUUCUAUCAGGGGCCGAUUACGAACAUGACCCCAGCACAUUUUGCUGGGAGCCCUGUACAAUAUCAACCAUCCAGUUUCUAUGGUAUGGGGCAAGUUCCACCUCCAGUUAACGGUGUGAUGGCGACAAUGGGAGCGAGUAAACCCCAGUCAGGAGCUCCAGUGUCAUCUAGCAGUACACAGUCAGCGAAGGAUUAUGAUUUUUCGUCCUUAACACAGGGGAUGUUUGCGAAACACUGAUAGGUUUGUUGGGCAAUUCCGGCUAUGUCAUAUACCAUAGAAGAAGAUUAGUAAAUUUACAGGAACUGCGCUUUCUUUUCUCAUUUUCCCCUUGACCUGUCCUUGGGUUGUAAUCCAUUUGUAGAGCUAGUUCAGGUUUUCCCCGUUUGUUUAUUUCAGCUGAUUGCUUCAUUUGUAUCCUAGUUCUAUUCACUAUUUAUUCACAAUAAAAAAAAAAGAAGUUAGUGAUAUUAAUUAUAUAUAUUCA